CUAUUGAGCUUGGUCCGAAUCCCCCACCAACUACUCAAUGAUGUCCUCACACUUGCUUCGACACUUCCAAAUCUAUUAAAAUAAUUUCUCUCUACUCUAUAUAACUCACCGAGAUCAAAUUUAUCUCUGCAUUGUUUAUCUCAGCGAGCUUGCAUCUGCUCUACUACUAACAAAUCUUUUUCCGGCAGAAAACAUGGAAAUUAUUCAAACUUUGUUUCUCUGCUUGUUAUUUAGCGUUGUCUCAACAAGUAAUGGACUGGACAGGAGCGAUUUUCCCCCCAAUUUCAUGUUUGGAACUGCUUCCUCUGCCUAUCAGUAUGAAGGUGCUUGGAGAGAAGGAGGUAAAGGUCUCAGCAACUGGGAUGCCUUCACACAUUCACCAGGACGUGUAGAAGAUGGAAGCAACGGAGACGUAGCAGAUGAUCAAUAUCACCAUUAUCUGGAAGAUAUCGAGCUCAUGGCAUCACUUGGGCUAGACACUUACAGAUUCUCCAUAUCCUGGUCUCGAAUCCUUCCAGAUGGUAACGGUAAAAUUAACCAGGCUGGGAUUGAGUAUUAUAAUAAUUUUAUCAACGCUCUUCUUCAAAAUGGUAUCCAACCAUUCGUUACAUUAUUCCACUUCGACCUUCCAAAUGCACUUCAAAACUCCUACGGCGGAUGGCUCGGUCCACAGAUAGUAACGGACUUCGAAGUCUACGCGGACAUUUGUUUCAAAGCCUUUGGUGACCGGGUUAAGUACUGGGCUACAAUGAACGAGCCAAAUAUGUUUGUUCCAUUGGGUUACACCGUUGGGUUAUAUCCUCCCACAAGGUGUUCUGUGCCUUUCGGGAAGUGUAUUUCUGGGAAUUCCCUGUCUGAGCCAUAUGCUGCUGCACACAAUGUUUUGCUCGCCCAUGCAGCAGCAGUUCAUGCAUAUAGGACCAAAUAUCAGAAAAUUCAAGGAGGGUCAAUUGGAUUUGUGAUGAGCGCACCAUGGUAUGAACCCUUGGAAGACACUCCUGAGGACAGAGCAGCUGUCGACAGAAUUCUAGCAUUCAAUAUUCGAUGGUUUCUGGAUCCAAUUGUUCUUGGGAAUUAUCCAAGUGAAAUGCGUGAACGACUGGGAUCACGCCUUCCAGCUAUUGAUUCAGAAAUGUCUGGGAAGCUUGCAGGAUCAUUCGAUUUCAUCGGCAUAAACCAGUACACAACCUUGUAUGCAAGCAGCACCCCUACUCCUUCCCUCGAUAUGGGUACACUAGCUUAUCCGGACUCCAUGGUUUAUUUGACCGGCGAAAGACAAGGAAUUCCCAUUGGAGAACGAACAGGAAUGGACGGUUUAUAUGUGGUGCCUCGGGGAAUUCAGAAAGUGGUGGAAUAUGUAACGCAAAUCUACAACAGGCCUCCUAUUAUCAUCACAGAAAACGGCUAUGCAGAAUCCAAGGAUUCCUCCGCCACUUUACAAGAAGCUUUGGAAGACGUGAGGAGAGUAAAUUUUCAUAAUGAUUACAUGAACCACUUGGCAAAUGCAAUCAGGAAUGGAUCAGAUGUGCGUGGAUACUUCAUUUGGUCUCUUCUUGACAAUUUUGAGUGGGCAUUCGGGUACACGUUGAGAUUUGGGCUAUAUUAUGUGGAUAACCAUUCUCAGAGUAGAUACCCGAAGCUAUCAGCUGAAUGGGUAAAACAAUUCCUACGGAAGGACGCAAUCAGCACAAUGUAACGACAACUACAUCAUCCAACCACAAAUUCCUGUAGAAGAAAAUAUGAAAGUGGAAUAUAGAUUCAUUUAAUGUGAUGUAUUAUAGAUUCAUUUAAUUUAUUAAAUUUGGCUCAAACAAGCCAAAAACAGAGAAGGCGGAUAUCGGCAAACUUGGUUGGAGAAUCGGAAAACAAGGUAGGUAGUUUGAAGAAGAUGGAAAAUUGAAGUAGGUUAUAGCGAGUCGCGAUCAGUGAUGACCAGAAGCGAUGAUUCCCAACGCUGUGUUGGGAAUUGUACGGUUGUCUUGUAUUGUAUUUACAAAAGAUAAUUGCAUAUGAGAAAACAAAUAAUGUCAUUUCAAUUACGA